AUGGCAGCCGGUUCGACUGAAGAUGGUUUACCCUUGAGCGUCCUCGAUGUCAAUGCUCCACCCUUGUCAUCCGAUAUUUCACUCUACAGUUGGAACUGGCAUGCAGACCCCGAAUACGAGCUCAUUGGUAAAAGAAUCCGCUACCGCCAGUUCGUGGGCCCAACUCUUAGAUCUGGAUCAGGACGUGGGCUACUUCCAGGAUAUAGCAACUCAAGCAAAGACCGAGUGCGUCGGGUCGGCAUCAGUAAAGCAGUAGAAAUCUCACCUUUACCACAAGAUAAUGGUGUUUCAGCAUACGAAGCAGAUCUCAAAGGCUAUGAGACCUAUGGUACUCCAGAUUCGUCCUUCGAUCGUAAAUACGUAUCGGAACGUGACCAGAUAGGUGAGUGUUAUACAUAUUGUAACAGCAUUGGCAUGGACCACAAAUUGCCAUUGGAUUCUGUUUCACCCCAAGCUGAUCAUAUUUGGACAAGUGACGAAAACAAUGGAUUUCGAGACACCGAAAGCCCCCUUGAGCACUUGCUCGGAUGGAUACCCACGUUAUCAGGACGCCUCGCAAGAAGACACCAACAUAGCAUCGAAGAAGUUGCCUGUCUUCUCGCCUCCAUGUCACCAGUUCCCAUUCACCCCGGCUGGACUGCCGGAGAAAUAAAAUCGCUCCAAGCUCUUCGGAUCUACCAGCAAAUGCUCUCGACUGAACUAUUGACUCUUGGGUCCAGGCAGUGCCAGAGUGGAUGA